UACGGGUUCCAUGGUUCCCGAACAUCUCAGUUCCCACCAGAUGAAAAUGGGGUUUUGAGUCACAAUGGAAGUCACCUGGCAAGCACUUAUUGUGCAGUAGCUAUACUAAAGAUUGUUGGCUUUAAUUUGUCAAAUAUUGACUCUGAAUUGAUAUUGACUUCAAUGAGAAAUCUUCAACAGCCUGAUGGAAGUUUUAUGCCCAUCCAUGUUGGGGCAGAGACGGAUCUUCGAUUUGUAUAUUGUGCUGCUGCUAUCUGCUUUAUGUUGGGGGACUGGAGUGGCAUGGACAGGGAGAAAGCCAAAGAUUACAUAUUGCAAUGCCAGUCUUAUGAUGGUGGUUUUGGCUUGACUCCUGGAUCAGAAUCUCACGGGGGUGGUACUUACUGUGCUGUGGCAUCUCUUCGGUUAAUGGGAUUCAUUGAAGAUGAACAUCUGUCAAAAAGUGCAUCAUCAUCUGUCAUAAACAUGCCAUUGGUGCUGAGUUGGUGCUUGCAGAGGCAAGCAGCUGAUGGCGGAUUUCAAGGCAGAGCCAACAAGUCUAGUGACACAUGUUAUGCAUUUUGGGUGGGGGCUGUUUUGAGGAUCUUAGGUGGCUACAAAUUCAUUGAAAAGAUAGCUUUGCGUAGAUUUUUGCUGACUUGUCAAUAUGAGUUUGGUGGUUUUAGCAAAUACCCGGGAGAGCUGCCAGAUUUAUACCACUCCUACUAUGGGUAUACGGCUUUUAGCCUUUUGGAAGAACCUGAUUUAAACCCCCUCUGUCCUGAACUUGGAAUGACAGAUCUUGCCGCAUUAGGAAUUGUAUGACUCAGGUUUUACCCUUCAUGACAGUCAACUUCACGAUGGACACUGGAAGGCAUUACUUAUAUUUGCAUGAGUGCUUGUUGUAAUUGUUUUCUUUAUUCUUUUUUUGACCCAUUUGGGUUUGAAACUUAAUUUAUUCACUCUCUAAUCUGUUGAAAUGAAAAUCAUUGCAUUAUAUGUCAUACAAACUUCAUGCAAUUUAUACAAACUGAACAGACUUCUGAAGAUCAUCUCUUUGUAUUUUAUGUUUCUGUUUGUCUUCUGAGAAAAGGAAAAAGAAAAAGGGGAAAAGCAG